AUGGUCGCCCCGACGAAAUGGCUCGGUGGAUGCGAUGCUUCCGAUGACAUCGACAACGCCGGUUGCAACGGCAAGCUGAUUGGCGCGAGGGUCUUCAGCAAGGGCAUCCAGGCGCAGACCUCCUCCAAGGGUGGCCAGAUGAACCAGACCGUGGUGAACUCGCCGUGGGACUACAUGGGGCACGGCUCACACACGCUGUCCACGGCGGGUGGCGGCUUCGUCCCCGGCGCCAGCGCCUUCGGCCACGGAAUAGGCACGGCCAAGGGCGGCUCGCCGUGGGCGCACGUGGCCUCAUACAAGGCGUGCUACAAUGAGGGCUGCACCAGCCUGGACGUCCUCAAGGCCAUACUCACCGCGGUGGAGGAAGGCGUGGACGUGCUCUCGCUCUCCCUCGGCGAGCCCCGCGCCAUCGACUAUGCUGGAGACGCCAUCGCGAUUGGCACGUCGCUCGCCAUCAGUAAGGGGAUCGUCGUCGUCGCCUCCGCCGGCAACUCGGGGCCACAGCCAGCCACUGUCACCAACGUGGCGCCAUGGAUACUUACGGUCGCUGCGAGCACCAUGGACAGAAUCUUCCAAGUCGAUGUCAUCUUCGGUGCCACUACCAUCCAGGGACAAAGUCUAUCAAACAGCACCCUUGGCAACCAGGAAUAUGAGAUGAUCAGUGGCGAGAAUGCCAAUUUUGAAGAUCAAUCUGCCACCGACUCGGCGAUGUGCUUGCCGGGCUCCCUGGACCCCAGCAAGGUGAGCAACAAGAUAGUUGUGUGCACCAGAGGAGGGGGCACAAUCAGUACAGGGCAGGUGGUGAAGGAGGCCGGCGGCGCCGGCAUGGUCCUCUGUGAAGGCUCCGGCAGCGACAGCAGCAUCAGUGCUGAGCCGCAUGUCAUCCCGGCGGCUCAUUGCUCCUACUCCCAGUGCAGGGAGAUCUUGGACUAUCUCCAGUCCACUACAUCACCGCCGGUGGGUCAGAUCAAAAUUAGGGAGGCGAAGGUGGGCGUGACGCCGUCGCCGAUGAUGGCAGACUUCUCAUCACGCGGGCCCAACACGAUCACUCCCGAGAUCCUCAAGCCUGACAUCACCGCGCCAGGCGUGAGCGUGAUCGCCGCCUACAGCCAAGGUGUCUCGCCAACCGGCCGGUCUUUCGACGACCGCCGUGUCCCUUACACCGUGCAGUCCGGCACCUCCAUGGCGUGCCCUCACGUAGCGGGCGUCGCUGGCCUGCUCAAGGCGACAUACCCAAACUGGAGCCCCGCCAUGAUCAAGUCCGCCAUCAUGACCACCGCAACCACCGGUGCCAAUGAUGGCAGCGGGAUCCGGGACAAGAUGGGCACGGCCGCCACGCCGUUCAACUAUGGGUCGGGCCACGUGAACCCGGUCAGGGCCCUUGACCCGGGCCUGGUGUAUGACACUACGCCGCGGGACUACGCCAACUUCAUCUGCUCACUGAGGCCCACCAGCACCGAGGGCCUGUUGCCGACCUCCCCCCCUCUCCCACUUUCAGACUUGCUCAUCCCUCUACUCCUCGGCGCCGACGCCGACCCCUUUGAGUGUAGCCAGCUGGGCGGGGUCGACGGCCCGGAGAAUCUCAACUACCCGUCCAUCGCCACCACCUGCCUGCCCGUCUCCGGCAGCGUCACUGUGAAGCGCAGGGUGAAGAACGUGGGCGGCGGGGCGCCCACGUACACGGCCAGUGUCACGGAGCCGGGCGGGGUCAGGGUCACGGUGCAGCCCAGCACACUGAGCUUCGGUGGUGAGAUCGCCGAGGAGGAGAAGGACUUCACGGUGAUGCUCGAGGUGCACGACGCUGCCGUGGCCGCUGACUACGUGUUCGGCGGCAUCGAGUGGUCGGACGUGGACGGGGGGCAUCGCGUCUGGAGCCCCAUCGUUGCCACCACCAAGUGCGGCUAG